GUGAAGAUGUCGCUUCGCCGCGCCUACUCUAUCAAGGACAAGCUCCAGGCCAUCGAGAGGGUGAAGAAGGGCGAGCGCCAGGCGUCGGUGUGCCGGGCUUUCGGGGUGCCGGGGGGCACGCUCCGCGGGUGGCUGAAGGACGAGGCGAAGCUCCGCUGGUUCCUGGAGCAGCUCGGCGGCGAGGUGGGCACCCAGCGCAAGAAGAUGCGCUUGGCCAACGAGGAGGAGAUCGACCGCGCCGUCUACGCCUGGUUCCUCGCCCUGCGCCAGCACGGCGUGCCGCUCUCCGGACCCCUCAUCCAGGCGCAGGCGGAAGCCUUCGCCCGGCAGAUCUACGGGCCUGAAUGCACAUUCAAGGCGAGCCACGGCUGGUUCUGGCGCUGGCAGAAGCGCCACGGCAUCUCCAGCCAACGCAUCUACGGCGAGGGCGGCCUCCCUGCCGAGCCCGAGCGCGCUCCGGCCACCCGCGCCGAGGCCCUGCCCGAUGCCGGCGGCUACGGGGAUGAGCAGAUCUACAACGCCAACAUCACCAGGCUCUUCUGGAAGCUUCUUCCUGGUGCUGGAAUCACGGCAAGGCGUCCGGCCCGCGGCGAGCGCGUCACGGUGCUGCUGGCCGCCAACUUGACUGGCUCCCACAAACUCAAGCCCUUGGUGGUCGGGGGUCUCCGCGAUCCCGCCAGCCUCCGGCAUCACAACCAGGAGAAAUUCCCGGCUUGCUACCGCUACAGCCCCGAGGCCCGGCUGGCGCCGGCGCUUCUGCGGGCUUGGUUCUUUGAGGACUUCGUGCCGGGGGUCAAGCGGUACCUGCGGCGGAGCUGCCUGCAGCAGAAGGCCGUGCUGCUGCUCAGCUCCGCUCCAUCCCGCUGCAGGUCGGGGGCUGAGGAUUCCCCGCCACUCCAGACCCCGGACGGGUCCAUCCGUGCGCUUUUCCUCUCCAAGGGUCCCUCCGGGAGCGGCUUGGCCGGAGCAGGAGGCCGAAUCCCGGCGCCGCUGGAGCAAGGGGUGGUGUCGGCCUUCAAGCAGCUCUACAAGCGGGAAUUGCUGCGCUUGGCCGUGUCCUGUGGCGGCCCCGGCAGUCCCGCGGACUUCGUGCGGUCCUUCCUCCUCAAGGACAUGCUGUACCUGGCUGGCCUCUCCUGGGAUCUCAUCCCGCCCGGAUCCAUCGAGAAGUGCUGGCUGCUGGGGCUGCGCGCCGCCUUCGAGCCCCAGCCCGGCGAGGAAGAGCACGGGGACACCCCGGGAGGGGAGGAAGGCGGAGGGGACAGCAAGGUCUUCAGUGACCUGACCCACCUGGCCGCCUUGGCCUUCAAGCGCUUGGCUCCCGAGGAAGUGUCCGACUGGUUGCACUUAGAUGAUGCAGCUCCAGGUGCAGAGGAGGACGAUGAUGCCGAGGAGGAAGGCGCCGAGGGCUGCGGGGUGGAGGAGGAUGAGGAGGAGGAAGCAGCUGGUGGGAAAAGGGGCGGGGAGGGAGGAGAUCCUUUGCUCCCCACGGCUCAGGAAGCCAUCCAGGGUCUGGAGACGGCGCUGCGCUGGCUGGAGGGACAAGACCCCCGGGAAGUGGGGCCACUGAAGCUGGUGCAGCUCCGCUCCCUCAUCUCCAUGGCUCAGCGGCUGCACCGCAGCCACAGCCCCCAAUCCUAGGACAGGAGCAACCCCCACUUUUUUGGCUACCAACCACCCCUGGUUUGCCACAGACCUGGGGAUGCCCCGCUUGUCCCAGGGGGAUGGCAAUGGAGGUGCCACUCACCCCUCUGUGACUGUGAUUCCCUGGGCAUCAGGAAGCCCAGAUGCCUGUGGGUCACAAUUUAGGGGAUUUUUGUGCAACAACUCGAAUUCCAGGGUUGUUCCUUACCUAAAUAUAUUUAGGAGGUGCUAUUUUUUAUGUCCCUUGUGGCCCCUGGUCACUGGCACUGACAGAAGGGGAUGGAUGCUGCCCCCCCUCCCCCAAAAUUCCCCAGUUCCCCCAAUUCUGUGGGAGAAGGGGCGAGGCAAGGAUCUGCUCAGCAUCCCUGGGAUAAUGGGGGAUGUUACAUUGAAAAAACCCCAAAUCCCAGAGUGUGGCUGAGGUGGGCACAGCCAGCUGGGACCACUCCUGAGGUGCUUCAGGGGAAAUAUUACACCUUGGAAGAGGCUUGUGAUGCCCUUCCCACUGCCAAAACAAAGUCCUGUUAAACCAGGAUAGGUUGGGGCUGGCUUAAGACAACUUCCUUCAGGCGCUGAAUUAGGAAAGGGACACUUGGGUGGCAUCCAUGAGAGAGGGUCAGCUCCAUCAUUCCCAUCACAGCUGGGAACACCUGGACCACGGAGACCUGCUGAACCAGGUACCAUCAUCUGAGCAUCCUCAUGGAGCUGAAGGUUCCAGGGAUGGGGGUUGAGGUGUUCCCCAUGGGGUUUGUGGGGUGGCCAGGGCUGGAGGACACGUCUCAGUGAGUGGAGGUUGGAGCACAGAGGGCUCCCAGCACCAAACUGGAAUAUUGGAGGCAUCUGAUAGGAAUUUAGCAGCUCCUGACCUGAUUUGAAUGAAAUUUUAGGGUGUUUAGCCAAAUUAUUGGAAGAGGGAAAUGACAUGAACUCCUCAGUGCUGCCGUGCCCCGUGUCAGCAGGCGGGUGGGGAUUUUUAUUUGUCGGGUC